GUCAAGCCUAUGCCAUGUCCAUAGACAAUCUCAAAACAAACGUGCAGGCGAAAAAGUGAAAAAAGCUAUAAAAAGACUCCAAGGGGCUUUUAUUUUGCGGCAAAACACUUUUAUAAAUGAACAAUGGCGGUACGGCCACAGCACACGCAUAACGGCGGUAUCGUGGAGCGAAGACUGCGUCCGAUAUACGACUGGUUAGAUAAUGGGAACAAUAAGAAGGCUUUGCAAGAGGCUGAAAAGGUUUUGAAGAAGAGUCCGUCGUUACAAGCCGCCCGGGCGUUGAAAGCCCUAGCGAUGUUUAGGUUAGGGAAAGGGCCGGAGGCACACGCCGUGCUGCAAGCUUUGGCCGACGAGAAACCUAGCGACGAUACCACUCUGCAAGCUAUGACUAUACUCUACAGGGAGUCGCAGCAAUUUCAUAAGGUAUGUGAGCUGUAUGAAGCAGCAGUUAAAGCCGAGCCAACCAGUGAAGAGCUGCACUCUCACCUGUUCAUGUCCUACGUAAGGGUCGGGGACUACCGGUCACAGCAAAGGUCUGCCAUGGCACUGUACAAGAUUGCACCCAAGAACCCUUAUUAUUUUUGGGUAGUAAUGAGCAUUGUAUUACAGGCGAAAACUGCAGAAGAUGCUACAAAGAAGGGCAUCCUCUUGGCUCUCGCCCAAAGAAUGGUUGACAACUUUAUAUCUGACAAUAAGAUGGAGGCGGAGCAGGAGGCGCGCCUGUACAUCAUGAUAUUAGAGCUCCAGGAGAAAUGGGAAGACAUCCUCAACUUCAUUGAAGGUCCACUAUACCCUCAACUAGUCCCAGGGUCCACCGCCCAAGCUUGCAUACCUUAUCUGAAGAAACUCGGCCAGUGGAAGCGGUUAAAUUUACUAUGCAAAGACUUGCUGUGGGAAAACCAGGACAGAUGGGACUAUUACUUGCCUUACUUGGACUCUGUCUUCCAAUUAAUGAAACACGAGUGUGAUGUAGACAAUAAUGCUGAUGACUCAGCGGAGAAGUGCCAUGAAUUUAUCUGCCAAUUAGUAGAGAGUAUGUCUUCCGGACGCACUCUACGAGGCCCUUAUUUAGCUAGACUAGAGCUUUGGAAGAGGUUAUCUGUGGACGGAGACCCUACUGCCUUGAUUGGUAGCAGUGUAGCGUUAUGUAUUCAGUAUUUGAGAGUGUUUGCCAACAAGUCCUGCGCAGUGCCUGAUCUCAAGCCGUAUUUAGCGAUGAUCCCCCAGAAGGAAAGGGAAGACUCGUGCAGAGAUUUCCUGACAUGUCUGGGCUUUGAUGAAAAUAGUGAACCUGAGUCUCCAGAUGACAUCCAGCGUCACAUCUCGUGCCUGUGCGCGUGGCGACUGACGUCCCCGCUGGGCUCGGCGGAGGAGUACCUCGUGGUGGCGUCCGCGCUGCGCAGGCAGUACCUGCGCUGCGUGAGCCGGCGCCUGCUCACCGCCACGCAGACGGAGUUCGGUCCGGCUGAUGGCUACGGCACGCUCGCUGCGCAUCACUAUUUCUAUGCAGCGCUACAGCAACAAAACGCAGCGCCCAUAGUAGAAGCGCUGUGCCUGUUGGAGUUGGUGCUGCACAACUCUCCCUCCAACGUUCACGUCAAGCUGCUGCUCAUCACGCUGUACCAUGUGCUGGGUAACGCGGUGGCGGCGGAGUCGGUGUACCUGCGGCUGGAGCCCAAGCACAUCCAGCUGGUGUCGCUGGGCUGGCUGCACGCGGCGCGCACGGCGCCCGGCCUGGCGCCCGCGCGCGCGCUGCGCCUGCUGGCCGACGUGCACGCCUUCCACAAGCACUACGCCAAAGAGAGUGUGGAGCAUUUAACGUACGCGUACAAGUACGGAACAUUCGAGAAGCUUGUGGAACUGAGCGCGUGGGGCGCGCGGCUGGGCGCGUGCGCGUGGUGCGCGCUGGCGGGCCGGGAGCGGGCUCUGUUGCCGCUGCUGGCGGGGCCGCCCGCGCCGCUGCACGCGCCGGCGAGGUUGCCGCACCCACCUGUUGACAACCGCGACCUGAACGCAAUAAUAAGUUGGGAGCCCCCGCAGUGCGCAGACCCGGAGCUCAAAGCGCGGACGUUCGAACAGGACGUCGCCUACCUCCGACUCAAAGACGGCCUCGUCUCUUCCAUAGCGCUGUGCAUAGAAUGCUCGGACAACAGAAGCGUGGCGGAGAAGCGUGCGCAGCUGGAGGAGCUGCAGGCGUGCAUCGAAGCGUUCUCGUGCGCGAUGGAGAAGUGUAGGGAAAAAUAUAGCGAAGCGAUGAGCCGGCUUUGUAUUUCCGCGCCUUUCCCUUCUAGAAUUAUCGCCUUUGUAAGCUCUCCAGUGCCAUAUCGGGAUUUGUACGCGAGCGUCCUCACCAUGGUGUGUCAACUGUGUUCCGGCGACAGCGUCAGAGGGCGCGACAGCGCAGACAAGCUCCGCGCUUUGCUCGUCUCCUCCAGACAACUGCUGGAGAAGGUCCCCGCCACCACCGCUUGGGGGCUCAGGGAGUCGUUAGAAACAUUCUCCAAUUAUUUAGAGUUUAUAGGCGUUAUCACGUUCCUCCUGGGCGUAUGCAACGAACUGUCGGCGCCGACCAACGCGAAGAAAUCCAAAAAGAAGACCAACCAGUCACCCGACCAAAUACUCACCACAGAAAUGUUGAGCAAACUCAACGAUGACGUGCAAGAGACUAUCAGCUUCCUAGAAGACAUAUUCGACAAAUGGCCGUCAUAUGACUACGGACUGAACAUAGAAGACGAAUUUUCAAAACUAGGAAUCUCGGAAAAAUACCAGUGCCCCGUAGAACAAAAACUAAAGAAUGGACUCCACGAAACACUCCCAGAUGUCAAGAAUAUACUAAAGAAAAAGUCGAAAUAUUUAAAAACUUUACAAUAAAGUGGCCUUUUACAAUACAGAUAAUAAUUUAAAUAGAGCAAGACCCCAGCACCGCCAGACUUAUUAUUAUGUGAAAUAAAUGUGUGGAAUUGAGUAGUAUUAGUGUGUGAUUUUAAAGUACGCAUAUAGCUGAUAGCUUGUGUCGAGGUCAAUGAUCAAAUGUCACGAUGUCAAAGAUAUCAGCUGCUAAAAGUACGUACAAAUAUCUCACUUUUCUUAAAGUUUGAGUGCUGAUUUUUAUGUUUGUUUUACAGAGUAUUGUUAAUAAUUAAUAUUCAAUAAAUUUUCCGUCGGCGGUAAUUUCCGCGAGACGUUUUAAAGUUCGCAAAAAUAUAACACAUUUUAAUCUUAUUAUAAUCUGACUCGUAAUUUUUAUAUGAUGAUACUUAAGAAACAUCAUGAAAAUCAGCACACAAACUAAAAAAAAAGUGAAUAAUGUUUUUACGUACUUUUGGCAGUAAAUUUAAAUUGGCCGUCAGCACAAAGUAAUAGAUAUGUGUAUGUCAAAAGUGAUCAAAACUGAUCUAACCCACACAUGUUGUUUCUCGGAAAAUAAGUCACGUCUGGCGGUCCUAGGAUCUUGGAGAGGUUUUUUUCUACAUAUCUUGUAAAUAAUCUGCCAUUUUGCUCCAGCCUACUUGUGUAGGUGUUAGAGAAAGACAUUACAAGUACAUACGCUUUAUAUUGUUAUGUUUGUUUAUCGAAUAAGGGUAGAGGCAGACUUAUAACCCGCGACGCGACGUGUGUUGGUUCAAAUCCGUAGAAUUUUCUAAACACCCGAUGCGACGUAGUGUAGACUACAAAUCUCAGUUGGAUCCUGGAACGACGAUAUGUCAAAUAUUAGGCUAUGGGUGUCGUGAAAUCAAAGAAAAGUAGGCGGUUCAGACUACUUAGCGUCAAAUGUAGGAACAUUUGACGCCUGCCAGUGACGUCAAAGCCUCCACGGUUUGCUACAAGUUCCUUAACUUGCGUGACUAUGGUGUCAGUGAUGAUAUCUAUAGCCCAACCCUUUAAAUCGACACAAAAGCUAACCGUCAUUUUCUAUGGCUCACCUCUUCCAGCGUACCAGUAUAUAUCCAUUUCGGCGUAAUCAAUAUUUUUAACUAGCUUAUGCCCAGGAUUUCGUUCGCAUGGACUACACUACUGGCUUAAUCAAAUGAAAUCAAAAUCAUUUAAGUUUCAAUUAAAACGAGACAGACUUAUGCUGUAUAACGCUGUCUCGUUUUAGCAGUCUUAUGUCUGAGCUAAGUCAAAGUGCGGUCUAUAGAUCUCAGCCUAAGAUUCGACGGACUCAACACGCGUCGAGUGGCGUUGUAAGUUGCGGCAUGAAUAAAAACAUUUUUUUUGCAUUUUGGUUUGAAUCAAAUUUAUUUAUGUAUAUUUAUAAAUAGUGUUUGAUAAAGUAUAGGUACUUAUACAACUGAAAUAAAAACGAAACGUUUAUAAUUCUA